AUGAAAUGCUUCCUUAUAGUAGAUGCACAAAAUGACUUUUUACCAAGAGGAUCAUUUAAUUCUAGGGAUGAUUUUCUUGACGUUUUAUAUAAAAUAAAUUCAAUAAGAUUAAAAUUGUAUAAUUGUAAUGAAAAAAACUUAAUCAAAUUAAAAGAUUGCUUGAAAUUAGUAGAAAAUAAAGAAUCUUCACAUGAUAAGAUUAUUGAAGAAUACUAUAAAUGCCAUAGUGAUAUAGAUGAUGAAAAAAGUCUUGAUGAAAUUUUUAUUUUUCCUUUUAAUAAUAAUAAUGUUAAUUUUAAUGGAUUUGGUACAUUACAAAAAAGUCAUAAGGAGAAAAAUAUAGAAAGAGGAAACAAUUGUAAUAUCCAUUUUGAAAAGGAAAAUGGAAACAAAUCAUUUAAUAUUAGUGACUUAAAUAAACAUAGCGAUUAUAUAAAUGAUAUAUUUAUUGAACAAUUUAAUAAAUUACAAGAAAAAUACAAUCCAUAUGAUUUUUCUCUAUGCAUUUUGUCAGUUGAUUAUCACCCCCAAUUUCAUAUAUCAUUUGCUGAAACACAUAGAAUAAUUUAUGAAGAAAUAUGUAAAAAUAGCAUAUAUCUUAAUAAAAGUAAAACUGAUAAAAAAUUAUUUGAUAAUAAAGAUUCCCAAAAAAGAGACACAGAAAACGGUCAUUUAAAAACUGUAGAUAACUUAAAUUAUAACUUUUUAAAAAAAAACGAAAUUAAUAAUUUAUCUGAUGUAUGGAAAAAUAUUAAAAAUAUUAAAAAAACAAAAGAAAUUUAUAAAAAUGUUAAUUCUAUAAGUGAUAUCAAAGAAUAUAAAAAAAUAGAAUUUUUAAAUCAAGCAAUAGACAUAUGGCCUAUUCAUUGUGUAAAAAAUACGAAGGGUUGUAAAGUUCAUAAAAAAUUAAUUAGGCAUCUUAAUGAUAUUAUUGUUAAAAAAGCUCAAGAUGAAAAUAAGGAUAGUUAUACUAUGCUUGAAAAUCAAGAAGUUUGUGAAAAUUUAUUAAAUAUUCUAAAAGAAAGAAAUAUAAAAUCUGUUUAUAUAUGUGGUUUCAUAUUUGAAUAUUGUGUGAAAGAAACAGCUAUAAGCUUCCUUAAUCUUGGUUUUGAAACAUAUAUCAUUGAAGAUGCUACAGCUUAUUUAUAUAGGAUAGAAGAAGAAAAGAACGAUUUAAAAAAAAAAGGAAUUAAGUUUAUAAAAUCUUGUAAUAUUUUUACCUGA